CCUCUGGGUUUCCUCCAUCGGACCCUCUCAGUGUCCGCUCUUCGGUCCUCCUCUCCCGGUAACAUUAAGCGGAGCGCCCGUCCCGCUCCUCCAGCUCACUCCGGCUUUACGCACUUUAUCCCCAAACUUUGUGAACUUCUCUCCCUCGUGAAUCCAGUCCUCUCCAUCCCCGGGUCUCCUCGCUCUUCCACACCGCUCCGGACUUCACUUUUGGGGCCAGUCCGGUCUGGUUCCGCGGCUCUUUUGGAGGUCUUCAGGGAUGGGCUGGAGGGCCGUGCUCCUGGUGACGGCGCUGGUGUCGGGGCUGAGGGUCCACGGGAUAACGGAUGGAGCUGACGUCCAAGUGAUUGAUGUCCUGGCGCUGCAGGAGGCAGGGCAGAUGGCAGCGGCGGUGGAGAAGUUGUGGGCAGGGCUGAGCACGCUCAGUGACGUCUACCUCGUGUCGACGCUGAAGCUGCCUCCAAAACUGGGAGGAGUUUUGUUCGGACUCUACAACAAACAGGACCACAGCAAGAUCCUGGAGGUGGCACUCAUGGGCAAGAUCAGCAAAGUGCUGGUGAGAUACAUUCGUGCUGACGGUCGGCUGCACACUCUGAACCUCCAGAACGCGCCGCUGGCUGAUGGGCGAAGCCAUAGCCUGGUGCUGCGGUUGGGUGGACUGCGGCGCCAGAGCCUCAGCGCCGAGCUCUAUGUCGACUGCCGAUUGGCCGAUUCUGCCGCAUCACUUCCUGCUCUGGGAAACCUGCCUGAAGACAGCAACAUGGUGGACGUCAGGCACGGACAGAAGACAUAUGCACGAGUCCAGGGCUCGGUGCAGUUCCUGAGCCUUGUGCUUGGGGGCAGUGUGGCUAAAGCCGGCGCUCUGGCUGAUUGUCCGUUUCAGGAUUCGACGAACGGCGUCAGUGGCGACGUCAGUGGCAUCCUUGGUGACCAUCUGAAGGCUCUGAUUGGUCAGCUCAUCAUCUUUAACCAGGUGCUGGGAGAGCUUAGACAAGACAUCCGGGAACAGGUGAAAGAAAUGUCUUUGAUUCGAAACACCAUCUUGGAGUGUCAGGUUUGUGGGUUCCAUGAGCCACGCUCGCGAUGCUCUCCUAACCCCUGCUUUAAGGGCGUGGCCUGUGUGGAGAGCCUACAGUUCCCAGGAUUCACCUGUGGUCCAUGUCCACCCGGGUUUGAAGGCAAUGGGACGCACUGUGAGGAUGUGGACGAGUGCUCCGUGUGGCCGUGUCAUGACCCUGCCCUCUGCCUAAACACGGUGGGAGGGUUCUCGUGUUUGCCGUGCCCUGCUGGCCUGUGGGGGGCGCCAGUGAGCGGCACUGGCCUCAGCUUUGCCAAGACCCACAGACAGGAGUGCUCUGACAUCGAUGAAUGUGUGGACCUGCCUGACGCCUGUACUCCCAACUCUGUGUGCAUCAACACUGUGGGCUCGUACAAAUGUGGCGGCUGUCGACCUGGUUUCCGUGGGAACCAGACCUCAGGAUGUUUUGCCCGAAAGUCCUGCUCUGGCCUGACCUUUAACCCCUGUGACGCCAAUGCCUACUGCACCUUGGAGCGCAGCGGAGAGGUCACCUGCACGUGUAACGUGGGCUGGGCGGGGAAUGGAAACACAUGUGGACUGGACACGGACAUUGAUGGCUUUCCGGAUCGUUCCCUCCCCUGUGAGGACACACACCGCCACUGCAGACAGGACAACUGUGUCCUGACCCCAAACAGCGGUCAGGAGGAUGCAGAUGGAGAUGGGAUUGGAGACCAGUGCGACGAGGAUGCAGAUGGCGAUGGAAUCAAGAAUGUCGAGGAUAACUGCCGCCUCAUCCCAAACAAAGACCAACAGAACUCGGACUCGGACUCGUUCGGGGACUCGUGUGAUAACUGUCCCACAGUCCCAAACCCAAAUCAAAAAGACACAGACUCCAACGGACAGGGAGACGCCUGCGACCAGGACAUCGAUGGGGACGGGAUCCCUAAUGUUCUGGACAACUGUCCGAAAGUUCCAAACCCGAUGCAGACAGACCGAGAUCGAGACGGAGUCGGAGAUGCCUGUGACAGCUGCCCCGAACUCAGCAACCCCAUGCAGGACGAUGUGGACAGUGAUCUGGUGGGAGACGUCUGCGACACAAACCAGGACACAGAUGGGGACGGGCUCCAGGACUCGCGUGAUAACUGCCCCGACCUCCCGAACAGCGCUCAGCUCGACACCGACAACGACGGCCUUGGGGACGCCUGUGACCAUGACGACGACAACGAUGGCGUGCUAGAUGACCACGACAACUGUAGACUCAUCCCCAACCCCAACCAGAGAGACACAGACAUGGACGGUGUGGGGGAUGUAUGUGAGCUGGACUUCGAUAAUGAUGCAGUGAAGGACGCCAUCGACGCAUGUCCUGAAAACGCAGAGGUCACUCUCACUGACUUCAGAGCGUUUCAGACUGUCAUACUGGACCCCGAAGGAGACGCCCAGAUAGACCCCAACUGGGUUGUGCUCAACCAGGGAAUGGAGAUCGUGCAGACCAUGAACAGUGACCCUGGACUCGCUGUGGGUUACACGGCAUUUAAUGGCGUCGACUUCGAGGGCACGUUCCACGUAAACACUGUCACUGAUGACGACUACGCCGGCUUCAUCUUCGGAUACCAAGACUCCUCCUCCUUCUAUGUCGUCAUGUGGAAACAGACUGAGCAGACGUACUGGCAAUCUGUGCCAUUCCGUGCCAAUGCUGAACCCGCACUGCAGCUGAAGGCGGUGAAGUCGGAUACAGGCCCAGGCGAGUACUUGCGUAACGCCCUGUGGCACACAGGUGACACGGCAGGACAGGUGCGGCUCCUGUGGCAGGACCCAAGGAACCAGGGCUGGAAAGACAAGACCUCGUACAGGUGGAGACUGAGCCACCGUCCACAGAUUGGGUACAUCAGGCUCAGGCUGUAUGAGGGGGCACAGCAGGUGGCAGACAGUGGGGUGAUCCUGGACUCCACAAUGAGAGGUGGUCGUCUCGGAGUCUUUUGCUUCUCUCAGGAAAACAUCAUCUGGUCUAACCUGCGCUACCGCUGCAACGACACGGUUCCUGAGGAUUUCCACUCUCAACGGAAACAGGUCCUGAUGCACAUCAAAGUCUGACCUAAGUCCAGGUCUGAACCAGGACCAGAGCCUUCAGUCCCAUGUUCCUUUGGCUCACAUAGAAAGUUCUCACUCGAGUGUCUCUGAGUCGAGACAUGUCUGACUCCUUCAUGUCGCUGUAAAUAAAAUAUCUUUUUGUUUCUGAUGCAAACAUUAAAGCGUCACCACUAGAGGGCACUCCUGAGGCUCUGCAAGAAGUUUCAUGUAAAAAGAAUCUUUUGAUAAAUAAACAUAAAUGUCCACACACAC